AUGACUGCUUUUAGUAAAUUAACUCAUCAAAAUGAAGUUAGGGAUAGUGUUGUCAAAUUACAGGCUGAGGCCAAGAACGAGUUUGAAAAUCAGGCAGAAAAAAUCACGAAAGAGGUGGAAGAUAAGAGUGAAGAAGAAAUAGAUGAUUUUGUGCGUAAUAAGUUUGUUAAGCUCAACGACAUUUUCCUUGAAAAUUCCAAGAUGGUAGAGAAUUUAAUUAUCAGCAGAAAACCUAAGAAACCAGUUAGAACGCCUCAACAAACAGAUGAAAAAUAUAAUAAAAUAUAUAAAGAAUUUGAAAUGGUUCCGACCUUUACAAAAGAGCUCGUAUCACUUAUCAAUGAACCACUUCUUGGAAAGUUGCCUGUGGCUUGCAACGAAGAGUAUAAGUACACUGGACUUUCAAAUUUAAUCUACACAAGCGAAGAAGAUUGUCAAAGUGAUAUAGCAGUUCAUAUCAGCUCUACCUUGACAGAACAAUUUGGUUAUGAUGUCACAGGAAUUAAAUCUGAAGAUAUGAUGCAUCAAGUCAUAGAUAAUUUGAUCAAAAAUACGUUCUCCCUCUUUAGUCGCAAUGCCAAUCCGGAAACAUUACAAAUUGAAUUCAUUAGAAAUGCUAAGUGA